GUCAACCAGUAAAUAUGAGAAGAUUAUCAUUAGAAAAGCAAUUUGAGAUUGCACGAGUUGUUGGGUUAGAAGAUCCGUUCGAUAAUGUAUAUGAAAUUCUAGUGGAGGAUAUACCUAGUAAGAAGUGUGUGGUGAAGGAGAAAACUAAAAGAAAGGAAAAAGAAUAUAUACCCGAUAUCCGAAGUGUGAAUAGAAAUAUUGUUAAUAAUGGGUAUGCAGAUUUAGAUGAAAGUGUAUUGCGAAUUAACAAUGCAAAAGUUAAAGUGAUAGAAAGUCUUGAUGAAGAUGGUAGUAAUCCAAAGAAGCUAGACAUGUCAUGUGUUGUUGGUGAAAACGAAAUUCAAAGGUUUAAUA